AUGGCGAGCCAGAGGCCCCCCUCCGGCAUGGGCCGCCCAUUGAGCCGCAGUGGAACUGGGCUCCCUGGCGCUGGAAGACCCCCGACGGCCGUCAGACCUCCUCCUACAGCUAUACGUGUUGCAACUGGGAUGGUUCCAGGUACAAGUGGUCAUCCUGGUAUGAGGGGUGGCAUCCCCAUCGCCACCCCUGGAGUCCUGUCGGCUCCAAUCAAAGUGACUGACAGGCCUGUGACCCAGCAGGGGCUCAGCGGGAUGAAGACUGGCAUGAAAGGACCUCAGAGACAGAUUCUGGAUAAGUCCUACUACUUGGGCCUUCUUAGGGGUAAGAUCAACGAGUUAACCACAGAGACCAGCAAACUGCACAAAGAGAUCGACAACUACAACCAGGAGAACUCAGUCUAUCUCUCCUAUGAGAAGAGAGCCGAAGGUCUAGCUGUAGAGAUUAAGGAUCUACAAGGCCAGCUUGCUGACUACAACAUGCUGGUGGACAAGCUCAACACCAACACAGAGAUGGAGGAAAUGAUCAACGACUACAACAUUGUGAAAGCCCAGAAUAACAGCGAGGCUGAAAGCAUUGAUAGCAUCUUCACUGAGAGGAGAGAGAGAGAGGAGGCUAUCAGGGCCAUUGAAGAAGAGAUCAGGAGGGAAAGGCGGGUCGCUGACGAGGUUGUUCAAUCAAUGCCGGCUGCGAAGCAAGAAAAGUAUUUUACCAUGACGACAGCCAAUGAGGAACUGCUACAGGAGCUAACUGUUCUCCAGGAGGAGCUGGACCUUCUGAUAACCAGGAAGGAGGACUACGAAGCAGAGCUGGCCCACUCGCACAUAAAGCAGGAAAUGGUCCGGCUUCAUGAGACUCGCUCAACGCUGGAGGCGAAGCGGGACGCCAUGGAGGCCGAGCACAAGAGCCUGGGCUCCCCACAGGAGGAGAGAGAGAAGCUAUUCAAACAGGUGAAGGAGGACAACCAGGAAAUUGCCAGCAUGGAGAGACAACUUACAGAGAUCAGGGAGAGGGCCGGAAAAAUCUCAGAGGAGAUCCGACAGCUGGAGCAGGACUCAGAGGAAGCACAGGGGGAGUGCCAGCAGAAAUACAAGGAGCUGAAGAAGAGAGAGGAGGAAAUUGACCGGUACCUGGAGUCAUUCGAGGAGAGCAGGGCUCAGGAGCAGGAGAAGAUGUCACAGAGCCAGGAGAACAUCGUCUCCCUCCUGGAGCACUGCAGCAGGAACAUGUUGCGGCUACGUCAGGUGGACACAGUGACGGCCAGUGAGCUGAGGAACAUGCAGGAGGUGCUGGUCAGCAAGGAGACGGAGGUGGUCCAAUCAGAGAGCACCGCCAAGGGACUGACAACCGAGUCCCAGCGUCUGCAGCAGGACCUGGAGAAGGUGCAGCAGCUGGAGGGGAAGAUCACGGGUGAGCUGAGCACCCUGAAGGAGCGCGUCAGCACCAUGGAGUCUGAGCUGCACACCUACCGAGACCUGGACACCCUGAGGCACACAGGGGAGGAGAAGAAAAAGAGACUACAGGAGGACCGCGUGUCGCUGACUCAGCGUCGGGAUUCAUUCAAACAGCUGUUGGACGACAUGAACCAGAAAUAUGAAGCUCUGAAGACCAAACUGCAAGAAAACGAGACUCAUGCUCAGCUGGCUAACCUUGAGAGGAAAUGGCAGCACUUGGAGCAGAACAACUUCGUAAUGAAAGAGUUCAUCGCCUCGAAAUCUCAGGAGAGUGACUACGACUCAGUCGCCAAGAAUGUCUUCCAACAAGUGUCAGAGUACAACAAGAGUCUCAUAGAGUCCCUGCAGAACAACAGGACUUAACAGGACAUGUGUAAGACACCCGCAGUCUGAGUACACGGUUAUCACAACCCCUUUCAGUUAAUGGCAUCAUUAGGUGGAUCAGUUUAAUGCUGAUCCCGAACAAAGUGCCUGUUUGCUUUUGAGAGCGCUCUGUACGAGACACAUUCUGCAGUUAGUUUUCUUUAAAAAGUUACCCCUCAAUAUUGUAUUUUGCCGGUUAGACCGUAGCAGCUCGCUGUCCUUGAAGAAACAAAAUGAGUCUUAUUUCAUCAAAGUUUGUAUUUAACUGCUGAAUUUUGUAUUUAAAUGUACAGGAGCUUCUGCUGCAUUCCAUGUAGGUUCCUGUAAGCGUAGCUUCGCAGUGCUCUGACCAUUUGAAUAAAGAGGUUCUGUGAAA